UGCCAACCCUAAUCAAAACACACAGAGCAACACACUUGCUUCUCAAAUGAAUAAUUUCACAACACUUCGUGCGAUAGCGUCGUUUGGUAACGUUCUUGUUCGGUAUCAAUUUUGUGCGUUCUCAAGUCCAAAGCAAUACGGAGCCAAUCGUUACUACAGUCAGUCUACGACGAAACAGGGCGACGGAACCAUGGAGGAUUACAAGAACGCUAAAUCGGUGUACGAUUUCACGGUGAAGGAUUCGCACGGUGCCGAUGUGAGUCUGGAAAAGUACCGUGGCAAGGUGCUGCUUAUCGUCAACAUUGCGUCGCAGUGCGGCCUCACCAAGGGCAACUAUGCCGAGCUGACGGAACUGUCGAAACAGUACGCGGACAAAGAGUUCAAAAUUCUAUCUUUCCCGUGCAAUCAGUUUGGUGGCCAGAUGCCGGAGGGUGACGGAGAGGAGAUGGUUUGCCACCUUCGUUCGGCCAAUGCCGAGGUUGGAGAUGUUUUCGCUAAGAUCGAUGUAAACGGUGAUGGCGCACAUCCACUCUACAAGUAUCUCAAGCACAAGCAGGGUGGCACUUUGGGCGACUCAAUCAAGUGGAACUUUGCCAAGUUUCUGGUGAACCGCGAAGGACAACCGGUGGAUCGUUAUGCACCCACGACGUCGCCCAGUAACAUUAAGAAGGACAUUGAUAAGCUGUUAGGUUAGGGUAGGCAGGGCCCGGGGGACGCGAGGUUGGAAUGGUUUAUGAUGCAGCUAGUCGACGCCGAUAAUAGGAGUAAUUUGUUAAGCGAAUGGAACCGUUGCGGUAUUUACUGUUGGAAUUGAAAUCAUCAGGCCGGUAAUUUCUCGGCUUAUCUGUGAAUCUUAUUGUACAUCAAAAAUCAAUAAAUUUGUUUUCCAACACUG